CACACACGCUCACUCUCUCUGCUAGAAUGGCACCUAUCAGCUCUAACUUGACCAACUCUAAACUCUCCAACAAGGAAAAACACAGAAUGAGAAAACCAGUUGUGGAGAAGAUGCGCAGAGAUCGCAUCAACAGCAGCAUUGAGCAGCUCAAGGCCAUGCUGGAGAAGGAGUUCCACAAGCAGGACCCCAACACUAAGCUGGAGAAAGCUGACAUCCUGGAGAUGACAGUGGCCUUCAUGAAGCAGCAACUGCAGUCCCAAAGCUCGGCCCCCCAGCGGGCCCACAGCGACGGCUACUCCCAGUGCUGGCGGGAGACGUUGCAUCUCCUGUCUGUCAACUCCAACUUGGACUCCACACCCCUGCGUCUCAGCCACUGCCACAGCAUCCUGAAUGCUCCCAGGAGUUUCUCUCCAGCAUCUCCAGUCAUCUCUAUCAAACACAGCCAAACACCAGUGAAGCAAGGAGCAGUCACACAGAAGUCAGUCUGGAGGCCCUGGUAAAGAAACUGCUCGAGCUCAUGUAAAUCUGAUCAAGACAACCCAACAUACCUGUUAUAAUAGAAAUGGACAUGAAUGGUGUGAAAUGUCCAUUAAGUCUGCACUUAUAAAGAAGCAUUUGUAUGACAUCUGUCAGUAAGGCAUGUGUGUGACCUUUCAAUUGCUGUACAUCUUGAAGAUGAAGAUUGUGCUAUUGCUCUUCUCUGACUCUAGCAUGUGAUUCCUGUGGAGUUACUGUAAUUUGUCUGUAUUUGAAAAUAUACUUUGAACAACUUGUUUAAAAUGUGUUUACCUUCUGUGAAGGAUUUAUUAUAGGUGCCUGUAGCAUCUUUUAAGACUUCAGUCUCUAAUUGACAUUUGUAAUGUGCACUGGAAUAUGUUAUUUGGAAUUUACAAUAAAUGUAUUUUUAUACUCUGAAUUUCACAUUGGAAAUCUGUUCUCUAUAAUAUACUCCAAUAACAAGAGAAGCAUUACAAUAGUUUACAUU